ACGCGAUCUUUAUUUAUAAUCGAGAACAGGGGAGGUGCAAAGAAUGAAAGUGGACCAUAUGAGAUGGAAACAGGCGUUUGGGUCAAUGCAAUUCCACAAAUUUCUCCUCUAAAGAAUCCCAAUCUUAAAAAACAUGCCAAUUUCCCACGUACCCAAAGUUUUUUGUCACCCCAAAUCAAUCUGCAGAGCAUAAAAUCAACUCCGAAACAAACCAAAAAUAGGCCACCUCGCUUCUACAUAAACACAAAUCCACUGCACAUCAAUGUAGAUGAGCUCAGAGGUCUGUUGACAGACACCCACCAAAAUUGUGAUCGAUUUCCUGAGACAUUAGAUGAUGGGUCUGUGAAGCCUGUGGAUCCCAGAAAGCUCAAAGUUGCAUUGCUGAAUAGCACUGUCGUCGUUUCAGUUCACACAGGAGGAUUAAAUCCUCAUGAAUGGGUGGAGAAUUUAUUGUAUGGGAAAAGGCCUGAGGAAUUCUUGGUGGGUUUUGGCAGGGCUACUUCUGAUUCCAGUUUGACAGCAUCUAUUCAUGACUUAGCGGUUGACCCCGCAUUGCAGGGACUGGGUAUUGGGAGGAAAAUUUUAGAAAGAAUAAUCAGAAUUCUAACAAGUCGAGGCAUAGAUGAUAUUGCUGCUGUGUGCUCACAAAAACAAAGACCAUUUUUUCAGGCUUGUGGAUUUGCUGAUGAUAUCUUAAGCUCCACAACAAUGAUUUAUUCUCGCAAUACUACAAAUUGUAAAGAAGGCGAGUGCAUCAAAUACUUUGGUCGGAAGCCUUUGUUGGUUCCUGCACCAUUGGAACCAUUUUCAUUGAAGAGAUAAUAUUGUGUAUUUUCUUAUAAGCCAUUAUCUUUAUUUGCACAGAAUUUAAUGUCAUCUAGGUGAAAGUUGCAUAAUAGAGUAACUGAGAUUACAUAUGCUACAUGGUGAGGAAGUGUAGCUGAUUUUGAACUUUGAAUUUAUAUUGAACAUUUUAGUUUUCAUCGAAAAAUUUAGAAAUGAAUCCCACACUAUACACCUUUAUGUGUUUUGCCGCUUUUCACAUGAUACUUGUAUUUAUAUAUACAUGGAAGGGGUUCAAUAGUAUUAUACAAGUGCCCAUUAAUUCCAUUGAUAUAACGAGAUUUUCAGUGGAACUAGUUUUAUUAUACUUGAAAUGUCAGCAAUAAUGUUGCGUGCAUAAUUUUAUAUUACUCGAGUUACGAGAUUGUUUUU